CAGCUAACAUUUGUUCAAUUUCAAUAUAAAUAAACCUACUCUGUUUCUUUCUUGAAUCAUAAAUAUUUACGUAGAAUUGGUAUUACAGAUUCCGAUCCCCUGACAUGAAAAUUAAAAGCCCGCUGUUUUUCAUUCCUUUUGUAACUUUCGAUAUUUCCCCCCCUCAGUUCUUUCAUUUAUAUCUAAUGAAAAACAACCAAAGAAAAAGAUAUCUUUUCUCUUCAGUAAUUACAGCAAUGAAAAUUCCUCCAAAGAAUCCUCAGUUUUUCAAACCUAUUCUGCCCGGGUUCAGAGAUGGACUUAAAAUUCCUACUGGUUUCUUGAAGUAUUUAAAGGGACAUGAACAUAUUGAACAUGCAAUAAUAAGAAGGGCUGGUAAGAAGUGGCUGGUGAAGGUGAACGGCCGUCGAUUCGAAGCUGGUUGGGCUGAAUUUGCACAACAACAUGAUUUGCAGUUAGGAGAUGUGUUGAUUUUCAGACAUGAAGGAAACAUGGAGUUUAAGGUUACCAUAUUUGAAUCAAGUGGAAGUGUCAAAGAAUAUUUGCAAGAAAAAGUCCACACUACUGUUGAAGAGACUUCCAAGAAUCUUGAAGAAUUUGAAGAUACAAAUAACUACGCCUCAAUCUCAAGUGGCGAUCAACUACAUGAAUCCUCAAUGUCCGUGUCGCGCCAUUUAAGCCAUUCAAGAAAUACCAACAAUGUAAUAGAAAUACCAAAUACAAGAAUCGAGUCGUCAGACCAGGAUUGUUCACAUGCGGAAGCUGCUACUGACAAGCAUAUUGAUCAUUCUCAUUUUGUAUGCACUAUUAAACCAUAUUGCCUAACAUAUGGUUACUUGUACCUUCCUCAACCGUUUGCAAAUGGUCUCUCCAACAAGGAGUGCGAGUUGAUUAUAAGAGAUGAAAGACAAAGGUUAUGGAAUUUAAAGCUAAGUUCUGAUUGCAAAAAUCGAGUCUGUAUUGGAGAUGGUUGGCGUAAAUUCAUUGCUGAUAAUCGGUUAAAGGAGGGAGAUCGUAUUGUGUUUGAAGUUGUUACUGAUGAAGAGACAUCUGUAUGGAAAUUUCAUGUUGUUACUGAUGCAGAAACUCCAAAGCAUAAGUUAUUUCAAGGCAAGUUUUCUCAUAUCGUGUUAUACUAUUGACAAGGGCAUAUGCACCUUAUACCAUAUGGUGUCACUAGACACCGGUUGAUCGAAACUUUUCACUACAUAUUUAUAAGAAAAAUGAAAAUAUUGGGGUAGGUAUAGAAAAUGACACUGCUUAUCAUUAUAGUGAUUUAUUCAUUUGUCCAUUUCUUCAAAUUAUGACAUUGCUUAUGUAAAAUCCUGCGUAAGCCACAGACUGUUGAUAUAUUCUUUUGUUAAUGAAGUACUUUUUCCAAAUAUUUGACAUGACUUUUUAUGUAAUUAGCAAAUGCUACAGAAAAACCAGAGCCCAACAUCAUGUCAUCGCACAAGGUUGUCUUCGAUGUAGAAGCGGCUAAGGACAUGCCUCAUUUCAUUUCUACUGUCAAACCUCAUCAUAUUUCAAAGUGUAGGAUGCAUGUUCCAAAACUAUUUGCAAGAGAAAAUGGCCUCAGCAACAGGCAAUGUACGAUAGUGAUAAGAGAUUAUGAGCAAAGGUUAUGGGAAUUUAGGCUGUAAUCCUCCUCUGCUGGCAGCACUUUCAUUGGAGGGGAAUGGCGUAAAUUUUGCGCUGCUAAUUUCUUAAAGGAAGGAGAUUGCAUAAUGUUUGAGAUAUUUGCCAAGGGAGAGAAACCUAUAUUGAAAU